AGUCUAGUAGUCUAAUAGGAAACCGUGAUCAAAUAUAUAUUAGGUUCCACAAUUCGACAGUUCGGCCCCGACCGGGUCUGAAACGUUCGGGGGAGGUUGGCUACUCACGCCUCUUACUGCAAAGGGCUGACCUACAGUAGUAUCCAGGUGCCUUGUAUCUUUGAGGGUGUCUCAUAGGCUGGUAAUAGCAAUGCCUCGCAACUUUUCUUGAGACGAUCAAUACAGUAGCACCCAAGAUGGCCAGCUCUACGCGGGUCAUCGUUGUGGCAGUGGCCUUCACGGUCGUAGCAACCUUUUACUCACUGAGCGAGCUCCAUCGUAUGAGCGCGCUGCACACUUCCUCGGAUGUUGGCAAGUUCGCAACACACGCAGCGGGCAGCACCAACCAGGCAGCAGGUUCGGUAGUCGCAACUGCAAGCCCUGCCAGCACGGCGACAAAGGCGUCCUCGUCUGUUACCAGCAGUUCAAGCGCAAAGAGCGCAAGCUCGGGUAGCAGUAGUACAGCCUCUACAGCCGUGGCAACCAGCGGGGGUAACAAUGGGGCCCACAAGUGCUAUACCUACGAGCACACAGAGCUCUGGGGCGACGUCGUUACUUGGGGCACUCUGAACAAGAAGAAGACGGCUGGCGAAUGCUGUGAUGCAUGCCUCAACUACAAGCCCUCUGGUCCUGAUGAGCCUGCUUGCAACGUUUGGGUUUUCUGCGGAAACGAGCAGGCUUGCGGCUCCCAGUACCAGCAGUGUUGGCUCAAGCACCUGGCUCAUCCGGAGGCCAGCAAGCCUGCCAAGCAGGGCCCAACCACACCCUGGACAUCUGGCACGAUCGAUGUGGACAUCAACGCCGACCCAUCCGCUGAGUUGGCAAAGGGCUCUGCGGCGCCCCGCAUGUUCCAUACCGUUACCUCGGCGCAAGGCGCUGCUGUGCACUGGCAGGUUCGCAUCCACUACUACUGGUGGAAGAAGCGGAAGGCUGAGUGCCAGAAGGCCGGCAACUGCGAGAUGGGCGGCUUCACUCGUCUGCUGCACAGCGGCUCCGCCGAUGAUCUGAUGGACGAGCUGCCCACGGUGGUCGUGGACCCGCUGCCGCAGAGCAUGGUUGAGCACUCGUGGUAUGUGGUGCUUAACCGGCCCUACGCGUUCGUCCAGUGGACGCAGAAGGUUAAGAUUCCCGAGAAGUACGUGCUCAUGAGCGAGCCCGACCACGUCUUCCUGCGCCCCAUGCCCAACUUCAUGCGGGGCGAUGCACCAGCUGCCUUCCCCUUCUUCUACAUCGAGCCCGCCAAGGCCGAGAACACCCACAUUACGCGCAAGUUCACGGGCAACAUCAGCCAGAAGCAACUGGAGGAGAUUGCGCCCAUCGGCAACAGCCCCACCUUCAUGACCUUUGACGACAUGAAGCGCGUCAUGCCCACCUGGAUGAACGUCUCCAUCGCGGUGUUCAAGGACCAGGAGGCCAACUCCGUGUGGGGCUGGGUGCAGGAGAUGUACGGCUUCACGAUUGCCCUGUGGCUGAACGGCAUCAAGCAUGUCGACCUGUUCCUGCAUAUGAUGGCACAGCCUCCUUGGGACCAGGACAUGCAGAUGGCCAACGGCAAGCCCUUCUACAUCCUUCACUACACGUACGGCAUGGACUACAAGCUGACCGGCGAGUUCACCCCCGGCAAGUUCGGCGAGUGGCGCUUUGACAAGCGCACAUACGGUGCCCGCCCGCCGCCGCGCCACCUGGGCGAUCCUCCCAAGAACAUGAAGAACGAACUUGUCCGCGCACUCAUUAACUCCAUUAACGAGGCGACGGCUGCACUGCCGUGCUGGGACACGUACGCCGAGAGUGGCAAGGCGUCGUACGACUGCGCGGAGAUGAAGACGCUGACAGACCCGCGCUUCAAGCAGGACGGCCGGGCAAUUGCCUAAGCUUUUCUGAGCAAGAGGAGUGGAUGUUAGUGGCGAUGCGUAUGAUGGUAGUGGCGAUUAGUGUGAGGAUAGAUGGGGUUGCGGGCAGGUGGACAUCUAGUUCUCAGGUGAAAGACAGCCUCGACACGACGUGCGAUGGGGGGGCCGUACAUGGUGCCAAUUGGCGCAAUCGAAGGGACGCUUGCUGUGAUUGGACGCGUACACGUGUUAAUGUAGGGCUACGUGACCUUAUAGGAUAUCCAACGCCGGAAGCAUUAAUGACCUCGACAGAUUGUUGUAUAUGAAGCGUUUCCGCAUGUGUAUGUAAUGAUCUCUACGAGUAGAUGCGGUUACAUACAUAAUUGGGUCUUCUCAACGGCAGGCUGUAGCGGUGACGUCGCGUUGCAUUUGCGCCCACAGAUCUUUGUAACGAAUUGACGGCGCAAAUA